AUGGACGACGAGGAGGCUCUUGUGGAGGCGGGCGUUUUGUCUGCCUCUGCUCCCGUUUUAACCAUUAUUUAUCACCGAACGCAUCAUCCUGUUUCUUCGCGUCGCCGGUUGUCUCCCUCGUUUCCGUCUUCCUCCGUUUCUCAGCUGUUCGCGCGCCCGGCGCCUGUCCCCUCUGCACACCAAAAUGGCCCUUCUCUCAUCGAAGACCGGCCCUCUGGAGUCUCUUCGCUGCUUUCGUCCCUUUCUUCGUCCGCAUUUUCGCUCUUCUUCUCGCUGUUUCCUGCCGAGGAAGAAGUCUUCUUGAGUCCCGAGGUUGUCUUUCUGCGCAUCUACUGUCUCCUGACGAAUCUCCGCGUCGCGUUUCUCCCUUCGCGCUACCCUUCGACGCAAGCCCUCGGGAACCUCCCCGCCGCCUUCUACAACGACGGCGUCUUGAACGGCCGUUCUCUUCAGCUUCUCUUGCAGGAAGAACGGGAUCUCGACGCGCUCGUCGCUCCGGCCUCGCCCAGUCGUCUGCGCGCCGACUCCGAGGCGCUCUCUGCAUACAUCGACGCCAAACUCGCCCAAGUCCUCGACUUCACGCUCUGGUGCUACGAGCCUUGCUACUCGCGGUUCACCUCUCGGGUGUACAGACGCUCGCUGUCGAGUGUCUACGCACCGUUCUUCUUGUUCCGCAGGCGGCGAAGCGUCGCGGCGCGCUUCCGCGCGGUCGACGCCGUCCACAUUUUGCGAACGUUCCUCGAGGUCCUCGAGCGCCUCGCCGUCGACGAACGCACGAGCAAAAAAGACGUUUCGCCGUCGCGGGGAGCUGGGCGGUUUCUCCUCGCUGACGCACCCACGAAGGCAGACGUCAAUCUGUAUGCGUACCUCUCAGUUCUCUUCCAGAUCCCCUCCGAAUAUACGCCGUGGUUCGGCGCGCGGGCGUUAACCGCCAGUCCGCGCGGGGAAGAUGCUGCGGAAGCCGGGAACCCUCCGGGCCCCCGAGCUCGAGGCGGCGCGAUCCUCCCCUCAGAGACGGAAGAUGAAGGCGGGAACGCGUCGACUUCUUCUUCCUCUCCAGUGGAUGCGACGAGCUGGGUGUCGGCACCUGGUUCUCUCGGCGGCGCGGGAAUCGAAGAAAAGGAGAGACCGACGCCCCUAGGUUCUCACGCGUCACUCACCGCGCCUGUCGCCUCCCGGCUUCUCCGCACGCUGCAGCAGGAACAAGACAUCCUCUCGCGCCUCGCCGCUCUUCUUCCGGUCGCGCGAAGCUACCUGCGCAUGUUUGAUGAGUUCCUGGCUGAGACAGCAGUCGCCGCCCUCGACCUCUCCUCUAUCUCUGCCGUGGAAAGGCGGAAGGAAGGUUUGGAUUCGGUGACAGGUGACGAGGCGCGAAGCUCUGUGUCACUCUUUUCCCUGCCUCCGAAAAAGAUUUGUGUUUCUCUGGACGAAAGCGUGAAGGAAGGCGACGGCGCGAAACGCUCCGCGUCCGAGAGCGAGGAGAAAGAAGCUCGUAGCUGGACGAAAACCUCGGCCCUCGUUGCCGCUGUAGCGACACUCGGGCUCUUGGCGGUGUGCCUGAAAAGAUGA